AUGAUGCAGAAUUCAGAAGAUCACGCCAGUUCCACUGACCAGCAGCCGUGGCCGGAACCACCGUCUAUCUUGCGCCUAAAGGACGAAUAUGUGGCACCAGAGCACGAAGAAUUGGUUCGACUUACUCUAGCAACCGGUUCCAAUUACCAGUCGCCGCCACAAAAGCCACCGCCUCCUCCUCCUCCUCCGGAAUUUCCUCCCCAUCCGUCUCUUCUACAACUAAUGCCUCCAUCCUCCUCCUUCGCAGGAUCAUCGGAACCACCGCCUCAAUCACAACCCCGUCUUUCUUUCUUACAACUGUUGUCUCAGUUCUCCUCUCAAUCACCGGAACCACAGCGUUUCAUUGCUUUACCGUCAUCCCAGUUUAAUAACAUCUCUAACCUACAGCCUCCAUUCCUUCCAGUGCCGGCGCCACCCAUAUCACAACUCCAUCCGUCUCUUUUACUGCCUUCAUCCUUCUCACAGCCACCGGCAGAUGAAACAUCAGAAGGCCAAGCUCAUCGUCGGCCCAGUGCCAGACGUCCACGUAACUACAAGAAGCCAGGAUGGGAGCCCACCAUAAAGCCACCAUAUCCAUGGGCUUCAAACAUUAGGGCAAAGGUUUUAAGCAUGGAGGAAUUAAUAUCCAAGAAUAUGAUCGUAAUAAGUGGGGAGGUUUAUUGUAACGAGUGCAAGAAGCAGUUCCAGAUGGAGUACGAUUUGCGAUCCAAGUUCUCUGAAGUUGUUAGCUUCAUAGCUGGGAAUGUGGGAGGUAUGCAUAAUCGAGCACCAGAUGUUUGGUUAAAACCUGGGGGCUUAGACUGUAAGUUGUGUGAUAGAAAAAAGUGUGUUCAACCAGUGAUCCCCUGCAAGAAGAGAAACACGAAUUGGCUUUUUCUGUUUUUGGGGCAAAUGAUUGGAUGUUGCAAUCUCUAUCAUCUCUGGUACUUCUGCAAGCAUAACGACAAACAUAGAACUGCAACCAAAGAUCGAUUGGUUUAUUCAGCAUAUGCCACUUUGCACUCUCAAUUAGAUCCCAGCAAAGCUUCUGAUCUGUAUAAUAACUAG